CUCCAACACUAUGGUUGGACAAUUCGCUAACUCCUGUCAUCCUGUCAAAUGGCGUUGUUUCCAGCCUAAGACUUAUCUAGAAAAUGAUUAGUUCAUCUAAAUGGUCUGCGUUUCAGGGGAACCACGAACCGAGGAGGGGCAGUCACUCCAUGCUGCUGCCCAGUUAUGGCCGCUGUGUCCUUGUUUCAUCUCCACCAUAAAUUCUAUUAUCAAUCCUGCACCCAAUUCUUCAAACUUCCCUUUCUGGUCAGUCCAUGGUUUGCCUUCCAUGGUAAAGCUACACAUUAUCUAGCUGUCGACCCACCGCCGCAGAGUCACUGUUUAUCAUCCGUAGUUACGGUUUAGGUUGCCCGACCAGAGACAGCACCGCCAAAAUGACGAUCCGCAAGCUCGACGGCGAAGACUCGAUGCUCUUCCAGCCCCUGGAGAUCGCAAACGGCAGGAUUCGCCUCUCGCAUCGGGUGGUCCAUGCUCCCAUGACGCGCAACCGGGGCGUUCCGCUCAAUCCCACCAGCACCCCGGAGCAGCCCAAUCGUAUCUGGUAUCCGGGCGAUCUCAUGGUCCAGUACUAUCGCCAGCGCGCCACCCCGGGCGGAUUGAUCAUUUCUGAGGGUGUUCCGCCGUCGUUGGAGAGCAAUGGCAUGCCCGGUGUCCCCGGUCUGUGGACCCCCGAACAGGCCGCCGGCUGGAAGAGAGUCGUCGACGCCGUGCAUGAACAAGGCGGCUACAUCUACUGCCAGCUGUGGCACGCUGGUCGCGCCACCAUCCCGCAGAUGACGGGCUCACCUGCUGUUUCCGCCUCCGCCACGGUCUGGGACUCACCGACUGAAUGCUACUCUCACCCUCCUGUGGGAUCAACCGAGCCGGUGCGGUACGCGGACCAUCCGCCCAUCGAGCUCACCAUCCCGCAUCUGAAGCAGACCAUCCGCGAUUACUGCAAUGCGGCUAAGACAGCCAUGGAGAUCGGCUUCGAUGGUGUCGAGCUGCACGCGGGCAACGGGUAUCUGCCCGAGCAGUUCCUGAGCUCCAACGUCAACAAGCGCACGGAUGAGUACGGUGGCUCGCCGGAGAAGCGCUGCCGGUUUGUUCUCGAGCUCAUGGAUGAGUUGGCGGCAACGGUGGGCGAGGACAAUCUGGCUAUCCGUCUCUCGCCAUUCGGACUGUUCAACCAGGCGCGCGGCGAGCAGCGUGUGGAGACCUGGACAUUCCUGUGCGAAUCGCUGAAAAAGGCGCAUCCGAAUCUGUCGUAUGUCAGUUUUAUUGAACCACGCUAUGAGCAAAUCUUCAGCUACGAAGAAAAGGACAAUUUCCUCCGUAGCUGGGGACUUUUGGAUGUCGACCUGAGCAGCUUCCGCGAGAUCUUUGGAACUACUCCCUUCUUCUCGGCCGGAGGUUGGGACCCGAGCAACUCCUGGGGCGUGCUGGAGGAUGGCCGGUACGACGCGCUUCUGUACGGACGCUACUUCACUAGUAACCCGGAUCUGGUCGAGCGGUUGAGGAAGGGCAUCCCUUUUACGCCGUACGAUCGUUCGCGGUUCUACGGUCCGUUUGAGGAUAAUGCCAAAUGUUACGUGGAUUAUCCCCCCGCUACUGCUUCUUCUUAACAUGUUCAUAGAUGUAUAUAGCGAUUGAUCUAAGACUUUAUUGCUGACGAACUAUUAUGCUG